AUGGCUCUGAGCUCAUUGGUCGUGGAGUUCGGUAAUUCCACCAGGCAAAUCUAUGCCUUUGCUUCACUACACCCCUAUAUCACUGCUCCCCUCUUAGUGAUACUCACUUGUCUGCUCAAUCGCGUCUACAGCGAGCUUCAAUAUGCGCGAAUCCAGGCCAGAGACAAUCCCAAGGAGCCAGCUACGCUCCCAUACUGGAUUCCGUUUCUCGGCCAUGUCAUCUCUUACAUCUCCAACAAUGGGAAGCUAACGGGCCAAGCCAGAGACCACUGCCGCGACAGCAUCUACACCAUCAGGCUCCUCCACCGCCAACACUACAUGAUCACUACACCGUCGAUCGUUCAACAGAUCUUCAAACAGCGCGCAACCACUCUCUCCAACAAACCCCUCAUCCACCGGAUCGCCAGAAAUGGGUUCCGCGAUGAAGGCACCACGGCAGAACAGCCCGAUCUGAACGCAAAGAUAACCGACAAUCUCCACAUUCUUAUGACAGAAAGUGCUAUCCUCGAUGCCUCAGACCGUACAGCCAAGGCCGUCGGGAAGAGUAUCUCCUUACUGACUUCUUUCUCAUCAAUUCGUGCGAAACAGACGGCCUGGGAAAGAGGCGCCAAUCCCCAAGUAACCAACAACGGAAAGACAAUCGAGGCAGACAUGUUUCAUCUUGUUACCCGUUGGGCAUACACAUGCUCAACGCCCGCGAUGUUUGGCCAGUCAUUCCUCAAGCGAUUCCCCGACGUCAUGGAUGAUCUGUUUGUAUUCGAUGGGCAAUUCCCGUUUCUUCUCGCAGGCGUACCCGCCAUUACAGGGAAGAUUGUAAAAGCCAAAGCCGCGCGGGAUCGUUGUCUGGACGCCAUGAAAGAGUGGUUCGAAGCCUUGACAGCUGUCGAAGAUGGUGGAAAGCCCCGUUUUGGCUGGGGCGACAUGGGUGAUGUGUCCGAGCUGAUGCGAAUCCAGCAUCGAACGUGGCGGAGUGGCGGUCCGCAGGCUGAGAAAGCCGCUAUCUCCAGUCUGCUAAGUUCUCUCUGGGGACUUCAUGCCAACUCCAACAUCAUCGCUUUCUGGACAAUGCUGCACAUUUACGAGAAUCCCACUCUUCUCGCCUCUAUCCGGGCAGAAGUAUCCCCUUACAUCACCCGCCUCCCCUCAAGGGAAUAUACCUUCGACCACAGCUCUCUUUCCCGAAAAUGCCCCAUCCUCAAAUCUACCUGGUACGAAACCAUGCGCUGGGACCUCUUCGGCGCGGAACAGAAAUAUAUCCUACGAGACUUUUGCGUGACCGAAUCCGCCGAAGAUGCCACCAUGCUUCGUGGUCCCAGUGCACUGCCCCGAUCCUACACCCUGAAAGCCGGUAACGUAGUGUGUAUCCACAACGGCGCGACGCAGAAAGACCCCAAACUGUGGGAGAAUCCCGAGGAGUUCAACCCUCGCAGGUUCAUUGUCCAAGAUUCCCGGGAUAAGACAACAGAGAAAGCAGAGAUGUUUCGACACUUGUAUAGUUUCGGCGGCGGUUAUAGUAUGUGCAAGGGACGGCUGUUUGCGGAGAGGGAGGUGUUGACCUUUGUGGCGGCAGUUGUGAGUCUUUGGGAUAUGGAGUUCCUGGGGGAUAAGGGCCAAGAUGGACGGUGGGUGGUGCAGAGGGAGAUGGAUGCUGGGGCGCCCCAUCCUGAUGGAGAGGUUAGGGUGCGACGCCAAAAACAGCCCCCUCUCACACUAUCUCCCCCCACCGCCAUCACCACCAACUUCUUCACAACCCAUCCCAUCCAACCACCCCCUCAACCUCCCCAACGCGAAAGUACCAUGCCUCUUCUCUGA